AUGGCAUAUGUGAGGAAGUAUCAACCCUCGGAUCAUGAUGCCAUGAUAAAUAUUAUUUGCCCCGAUACGACUUUUGUGCUCGACGAUGGUACGGGUAAAGCUGUAGGCUACCUGCUUGGCUGCCCCAACACACAAAGAUUUGCAGCGCAGAUGCAAGAAAUCUUCCUGCCCGCAUUGGAUUCAUCCCAAGAUGUCCCACCCCCACCUGCAGGUACGGAAGCCGUGCAGUUUUUCAAAGAUCCAGCGCUCUGGGCUCGUAUGGAGCUCUACAAAAACUUGUCUACCUCCUUGGUGAGGUCUGACACUCCAGAGAUCUUGAAAGAGUAUCCAGCUCACCUCCACAUUGAUAUUCUUCCAUCUCACCAAAGCAAAGGAUAUGGACCCAAGUUGCUGGAUGCUUGGGAGGAUGAGAUGAGGAAGCUCGGUGUAAGGGGCUGCCAUUUGGGUAUGGAUCCGGCAAAUCAGGCUGCUGGACGCUUCUACAAACGUCAAGGCUGGGGGGUAUUUAAUGAGCUGCAUGGGGCAGGCGUCGGUGAGGAAAACCAAAGAGGAAGCAGCAGUGGAGGGACGAUCCUGGUGAAGAGAGUCUGGAGCUAA